CUCCCACAGCGGGAUCUCCGCGCGCCUUGGCUGAUUUCCCGCCAUUCCCGCCCUGUGUUGCACAGCAGUGCGCGAGGAGCUUGUUUCCCUGAGGAAAGCGGGGUCUCAGAGGUCCAGCAGGAGAACUGACUGAAAUGUCAGCUCAGGAUGAUGUCGACAGACGUGGAAGCUGAUAAUAGUGUGGAGGACACCGCGCUGAACAGGCCCAAUGAUGAUGCGGAAACCCCGGCCAGCCUCGAUACCAUAGAGGAGCAAAGGCCAGUGAAACAGUCCCUGAGCGCAUCUAUGCGUCGUGAGACACACUGGCGCUGUCUCCUCCUCUCCUUGCUCAUGUACAGCUGCCUGGGUGCUGUGGCCUGGUGCCAGUUCACUCGUGUCACCAAGCUGAGCUUUGAUUCGUCUAGUACCUCAUCCUUGACUGCCCCUGCAAAAACUCUGCGAGGUGGAAGAGGGCGCUCCAUGAUAUAUCAUGACAGCCCCUGCUCUGACGGCUACUUCUACAUCCCACUUACGUUUCUGCUAAUGCUCUAUGCAGUCUACCUGAUGGAGUGCUGGCACUGCCGUGCCCGCAGUGAGCUCCAGUACAAGGCCAAUGUAGACAGUGUCUAUGAAAGGGUGGUACGCAUGCGUGAGGCUAGGCCAUGUGUGUGGUGGAAAGCCAUUGGAUACCAUUUUGUACGGAGGACACGGCAAGUCACACGCUAUCGGAAUGGAGACGCCUACACCACUACGCAGGUCUACCAUGAGCGUGUCAAUACACACAUGGUGGAAGGUGAGUUUGACUACAGCCGUUGCGGAAUGAAGGACAUCUCACGGGACCUACGUGGCCUGGAGAGUCAUCCAGCUACAAGGUUACGCUUCACCAAGUGCUUCAGUUUUGCAGGGCCAGGAUCUGAGAACGCCUAUCUCAACCAACGGUCCAGAUUUUUCUCAGAGGUCGAGGGCUUGGACGACUACAUGGAGGCACGGGAAGGCAUGCAGCUGAAAAAUGUUGAUUUCAGAGAACACCUUAUAGCUUAUGUGGAUCCUGAUCAGCUACCCUGGUACUCUUCUCAGGUCGCCUUUUGGCUGGCUGCCGUCCUCAUGUUAUCCUGGCCACUGCGGGUUUGGAUAGAGUAUCGGACAGCCUACGUACACUACCAAGUAGAAAAGCUCUUUGGGCUGGAGUACAGUAACAGCAGCCCAUCUUCAGAUGAACUUCCAUCUACAAGGAAUAGUCAUUGCAGUAUCCCAAGAGGGGAAAUGGUAGACAGCACAGAGCUGGAAUGGCAUAUUCGCUCGAACCGCCAGCUUAUCCCUAGCUACUCUGAAGCCAUGCUGAUGAACUUGGGGAACUCUAGGCCUGGACAAGGUGACAUCAGAGCAUCAAAUGUCUUCCUAUUAGAUGAUUCCCUAACCCAGAGCUAUGGCACCAUGCUACAAGACUGUGAUCGUUGCUGCCAGCUUGAAGGAACGCGUCGGGCCACCAUCAGCUCCAGCUGCUCCUCCAUCUUCUCCCGGCACACUUUCCAUUCAUGCGUGUCUCAAGACACCUCCCGCUUUUCACUGUGCCGAAUGUACGGAUCUAGGCGCACAGUGGGGCUGUGGAGGAGCCAUAGCAGCACACUGACUGAACGCUGCUGCCUGGAUGAACAGUGCUGCAGGUCGUACUCCAGCCAACUAGCACUUAAUAAUAGCCCUCCCAAUUACCAGGAUGCCCGCUUCUUCCCUGUCCUUAUAGUGCACAGGUCCGAGGGAUGCGGAGAUCCUUCAGAAGUGAGGAGAUACUAUGUCCGUAGAGGUUCUCUCUGUUUGGAGACUUCCCUUUAGAACUGUAUGCAUCCUGGUUUUACUGAUCAAAUAUGGUGAUCUGAAAGAGCGCAUAAUGACUUUCUGAAUUAUUGCCUUAGUAGAACUGGGAAGGAAAUAUGCAAUGCCGGUCUGUUUACUGAAUGUGAUUAUAACCCAAGUGCUUGAUGUGAAUGAUAAACUGACUAAAAGCCUUAAACUAUUUUAAAUAUAUGUGUAUAUCAAAUUUUGCAUCACAAAUUAUGUACAGGUUGAUUGGAGUAGCUUGGAAAAGGACUUCAUACCCAUUACUGGCACAUCAUCUGCAGUGGAAAAUCAUCACAUUUGAAGUCUAUAAAGUCAUCCAAGAAGAAUUGAGUGAAAAUAUAUUGAAAGAAUGACUGUAUAUUUAAAAGAAAUGUUAUGCAUUGACCAGAUACAUCAAAGGUUCAGUUUUCACACUCAUUUCACAUUUAGGUCAAAUUAAUCUGCCCUACAUCAUUUAACUUCCAUACAUUUGUAGUGUUUCCUGUGCAGAAAACAAAUAGUCAAAUAAAUAUUGAUGAAAGGAAAUAUUGGAUAACCAAACAAAACAAUAAUUGAGAAUUCCAUUAGUGAUGCACCGAUGUGAAACUUCCAGGCCUUAACUGAAGCCAAAAUGCAGGAUGUUGCAAAAAUUAUUUUUAUUUAUAUUGUUUUUAUUUUAGUGCAAUAUAUGUCCAAGAUACAAAGAUGUAAUACCCUGAAAUUAUUUAUGUAUAUAUAUUUACUUAAAUAUUUACAUAUAUAUGUAAUAUCCUGUUUUGGUAUAUUUCAUACCCAAUUUUAAUAUGAAUAUGAAAUAUGUAAUAUGCAAAUGAAAAAAGAAAUAACAUUUUCAUAUGAGUGAUGAUUAAAAAAUAUAACUGACACCUGAUUUUCAAAGGUUCAAAGCAAUAUUUCAAAAACUGCAUUAUAAGGGUUUUUAAAAAAAACAAAAACAACAACAAACAAACAAACAAAAAACACUUGUUAGACUUUCUUUACAUUUCAACCAAUAAAACUGAUACUCUAAGAAAAAACUGAAAAAGUCUACUUUCUGUGACUGUCCCAGGCUCUGUAAUCAGGAGCUCAGAAAUCACAUUAAGACUGAAUGUGCUGACCAGUAGCACUUGGUGUUCUUGCAUGCCUGACUGUC